AUUGGAUAGUAACGCCGUCACCCACCGGCCACUAACUGGUCGGCUGUUCUAUGCUGAUCUUCUUCCUCGUCAGUCCUCAAGAACCUCUCUCUCUCUCCUUCUCCCACUUUCGAGUUCUUUCACACGCUGUACUGUUAUUUGAGCGAGUUCCGAGAAAAGAAUCUCUCUCACUCCUCUCUAUCUCUUUCUGACUCAGUAUUACUCGAGGCAGAUAGUUUGUUGAAGAAUACAACAUCCACCAUUAGCGUGGGUAGAGGAGAGCUGAGUUAGGGCUUUUUUUCGGAGUGGAGGCGAUGGAUUCCGAUUCGUGGAGCAGGAUAUCGGCGGCAUCGAAGCGACACCAGUCGACCUUGCAAUCGCGAUAUGAUCAGUACCUGGGGUUCGAGGAGAUGGAAGGGGACGAGGACGAGUGGAGGCCGGAGUUCCCCUGUCCGUUAUGUGACGAGGAUUUUGAUAUCGUUGGUCUCUGCUGUCAUAUUGACGAUGAUCAUCCAUUUGAGGCAAAGAACGGGGUAUGUCCUAUUUGUUCCGGAGGAGUAGGUGUGGAUUCUGAUUUCUUCAAGUCUCAGCAUAAGAGGAGAUUGCGAAAAGGUUCAUCCGGCUCUCAUGGUGCACUUAAUUUCUUGAGGAAGGAGGUACGGGAUGGGAGCUUACAAUCUCUUCUUGGGGGAUCUUCAAGAUUGAUUACUCCUUCACAUGCGGCACCUGAUCCAUUGCUUUCAUCAUUUAUCAGUAAUGUGUCUAUUGCUGAUUCUUCAAGAAUAGUAGAGCCUGAACCCUUGGAUGAAGGAAUAAACAAGAUUUCAGAGGAGAAAAUGGUAGAAAGUAAUGCGCAAGUUCUAUCCGACAAAGUUCUGAAGGAAAUGGUUCGCAGGAGCCAGUUUACACAGGAGCUUGUUCUGUCAACAAUCUUUGAUGAAAUCUUAUAAUGAAGAAUCUUCGUUCAUGACUGAGAAUCCAUCGUUCAGUUUAGUUGAGCAAAAAAAAUUUGAAGAUUUUUCUAAAUGCAUGCAAUGAUCGAUUAAACCCACCAUAUAAAUAUAUGUACGUGUUUGUGUGUAGGAUUCAGAAAGUGGUGGAUGUAUAUGCCACAUUUCUUCUGUUCAAGAGAAGUGGAAGUUUGGCAUUUGGUUUAUAAUAGCUGCAGGUGGCGAAAACUUUAUAAGCUGUAAUUUAUGUCCCUGAUGAUGUUCCCUUUUUAGUAUUUAAUUAAUAAAUUUAGUAGGAUUAUUAUGCUUUUUCUCC